GUUCCAUUCAUUGAAAAUUAGAGAGGAAAAAGAUGGAAGGUGGCGGAAAUGGAACGGAGAAAGGUAUGGUAUGUGUAACUGGUGGCGCAGGAUACAUAGGUUCAUGGUUGAUCAUGCGACUUCUCGAACGUGGCUACUCUGUCCGAGCCACCGUCCGAUUAGACCCUGAAAGGAAGAGGGACAUAAGUCAUCUUACGAAUCUACCAGGAGCAUCAGAGAGGCUUCAUAUCUUUAACGCUGAUCUCGCAAAACUUACUAGUUUUGAUGAAGCCAUAGAUGGAUGCGUUGGUGUUUUUCACGUAGCUUACCCGAUCAACAUUGAAGAAAAUGAAGCAGAUGAUGCCACAGUGAAAACACUCGUAGAUGGAAGUCUAGACAUAUUAAAAGCAUGUUUGAAAUCAAAGACAGUAAAGAGAGUUGUAUAUACUUCUACUGCAGCUGCAGUUGUGGCAAACAAAACGGGCCUCAUGGAAGUGGAUGAGAACUCAUGGAGUGAUGUUGAAUUCUGUAGGAAUAUCAAAAUUCAAGCCAGUUCGUACAUCAUACCUAAAACUUUGAUCGAACAAGAAGUACUAAAAUUUGGAGAAGAAAAUGGUCUGGAUGUUGUUUCAAUCAUUCCACCAAUGGUUGUUGGUCCUUUUACCUGUCCUCAUCUUCCUGGCUCCAUUUCCCUAUCUUUGGCCAUGCUCUUGGGUAACAGAUAUGGACUUGGUUUUAAAGCAACACAAAUGGUGCACAUAGAUGACAUAGUUGCUGGGCAUAUAUUUCUGUUCGAAUGCCCUAAUGCGAAAGGACGGUACAUAUGCUCUUCCCAUGAGACAUCUGUUCAUGCCUUCGCCAAAGUGCUUUCUGCUAGUUACCCGGUAUUCGAAAUGCCGGCAAAGUUGCUAAGUGAGACCAAGGAAGAAAAGGCUGUUCAUCUUUCUCCAAAGAAGCUUCUAAGUUUGGGAUUCAAUUUUAGAUAUGAUCUCAAGGAUAUGGUUGACGGAGCCAUUCAAAGCUGUAAAGAAAAGGGUUUCUUGUAGAUUUCCUUUGGUUUGGAAAGUUUUAAGUGCUGUGUUAAGCCAAUUGUUUUGGUUAUUACCUACUUUUAUUCUUGUAUGCUCGUUAUUUUUCACCUGUCUUCUGCUUUUUGUUUGGACGAUAAAAAAACCAAAGACACUUCAA